AUGCACUCAAAAACUUAGAGGAUAUAGCUUGAGAGCAGUAUUACAACUGACUAAACACCAGAACAGCAACUCACUGAAUCUCUUUCCACUGAUUUUCUCACUAAACUAGAUUUAUCAUCAGUCAAGAUUAACCAGCCCAAGACCAAUAAAUUUAAAUGCGAUGGGUAUUUUGAGAGAAUGAACUAAAAUUGUAUUAGCUCGGAAUCCUUUUUUGAAUCUGAAUCUGAUUUUGAUUUGCCUCAAUAAACUUAGCGGCUUGAGAGACCUAAGUCUAAUUUUAGAGAAAAGUCUAUGAAAUUCUUUAGAGAUUUGAAGAAUGCAUUUUCUUUAAGAAAUUGUGACUGCAGAGAAGUAGAAGAAAAAGUUGUCAGUGAUGAAGUUGUGGUAAUCACUAGAAAAUAGAAGACUAAGUUUAACAAAACUGAAACAAAAAACAUGAGAAUUUGGACUAAAGAUGAUGAUCAGUAUCUGCUUUUAGCUACUCAGAAGUAUGCAGGUAAUUGGAAAAAGAUUUCAGAGAUGGUUGCCACUAAAACAGCAGAAGAGUGCUUGAAAAGGGCUCUGCAAAUCAAAAUGCCAUAGAACUAAGUAUAAAAUAAACUUCAUUGGUCUGAGGAUAUUGAUAGGUAAAUUAUAGAGGGAUACAAAAAAUAUGGUGCUAACUGGAAACUAGUGUCUAAAAAUAUUCCUAGCAAAACUUCUUAAUAAGUAAAGGAUAGAUUUAACAAUGUCCUUAAAGGAAAAAUAAAAGCCAUUGAAAAAAUAAACGUAGUUGAUGUAGUUGAGUUAAUAUAAGAAUAAUUGGCAAACUAAAAUUAAAACAUAUUAGUUUAAUAAUAAGAGGUAAAUAAAAAAAGCUUUCCACAGAUAAAUCAAAAAUAAUAAUUAGAUAUGCUUAAUUAGUAGAAAGAAGAUUUAAAUUUACAAAAACAGAAAAAUGAACUUAUUAAAAAAGUACAAUCCUUUACAAAAGAUGAGGAUCAAAAAUUAUUAAGACUAGCUAAUUUAUAUCACAAUGAUUGGAUCAAAAUAUCAAAGCAUUUCGUAAAAAAGCCAGCCGCUAUCCUCAAAGAAAGAUUUACUUUGCUUAGUAAAGUUAAAUAAUCAAAAUCUUCUGAUUCAAAGGCAAAAGAUUAGAGAUAAAAUAUAUUAUCUAUUCAUAACUAAUUCACAAAUGACACUACAUUGAGUUUGAAUUCCAAACUAUAUCACGGUGAAUAGUACUACAAUGACUAUAAUCGUAGACUAUCUUUGGAUAUUAUUAUGGAGGACCCAAACGGGUAGUUUGAAACUACAAAUAUUAACUCAAAUUUAUACAACUUAUCUUCAUUCAAGAAAUAAAGGCACUCUAUAAAUAGCAGGGGAAGCAAGAAAAACAGAAAUUAUUAACGGUAUGAAAAUUAUGAUCAUUAUAACUCAAGUGAAGAAGCUGUUUUGAAAAACUAUAACACUUUUUAAAACAAAAAUGAUGAUUUCAUAUAUUAGAACUAAAGAAGUUUUGGCCUUGACAGUCUUAAGUCAUUAUAAAAAUUCGGCUUACAAAACUCACUCGGAGGCUCAAACUAUUUUCAGUUAGGGAGAUGGAAUUCACAUAAAAAGUCAAAUUCAAGCUCUAAUAACUAAUUUAGACAUCAUGGUUCUCUAAGGAGUGAAUAAUAGUACUAAAUGCUUUAAACUUAUUACAGCAAAGACAGUACAUUAUCUCAAAAGUUAAAGGGAGGAUCGCAUUUAGAUCGCUUUGAUACUAUUGAGGAGAAUAAUGAAAUUAUAUUUGAUUGA